AUGCGUUUCUUUCUAACGAAUUCUUCACAUUUUUCUUCUAUGAUACUUCUUGCUUUUUAUGCUUGUAUUUUUAAAAUGAUCACUUUUUUCUUUCUUUCUCUCAUUUUUUCUUUCUUUUCUUCCUUUUUUUCUUACUUUUAUUUCUUUCUUUAUUUCAUUCUCCUUUUCUUUCUUUCUUUCUUUCUUUCUUUCUUUCUAUUUUCUCUUUUGACAAUAUUUCUUUCUACUAUCACUAACAGCUCCAUUCCUUCUGUUUUAAAUUCUUUCUUUCAAGUUUGUCUCUUUCUCGCCAUGUUUCUCUCAUCUUGUCAACCUGUUACUUAUUUUUUCAUUCAUAUUACUUUUUUAUCUCAUGACUUUCUUCAAUUUUCCUUUUCCAUCUCUCGAUUGCUCCAUUGUUUUUCUUUUCACUCAUUUUCUACUACACAUCAUCUCUCUCCUAUCUCUUCACUGGUUCCCUUACCGUGCCUUACUUUUCUUUCAUUUGUGUAUAUAUUCCAAUAUCUAAUCUUGUCUUCCACCGAAAUUAGCUUCCUCUCCUCUUCCAAAUCCACCAUAUACUUUCUUUUAUUUAGAGUCUUUCUUUUGUUUUGCCUUUGA